CACUGUAUCUCUGCUUUGCUCCCUAAUUGACCUAAAUUCAGCAUCUCUGCGAUCCCUCAAGGCAGACUAUCAACACAGCCUACAAGAGAGGCUCUGACCGACACAGUCUCUAGUUGUUUUUCUUGGAGUAAUUCCUCAUCGCUUCUUGUCUUCAGUUUUAAACGAAAUUUCUGUCUGGCUCUCGGCGAUCUCGGGACUCUCAUCUCAUGGAUCGCGUCGGUACGGUUUACGCAGGCACAGACACUCCUAGCUGGAAACAAGAAGCAUUCCCGGGAAUGAUUUUGUAAUAUCCAAAUCUGGCGGGGGGGGAACUUUAAAAAAAGGUGAGAAACGCGCUGUGGAAGGUCAGAAAAAGCCAACAUGCUGGACGAUAAAGCGCCGAGAUCGAAGCUCGGUCCUGCGUCGAGAGGUUCAUCUUUUUACAUUGAAAAUUUACUGAGGAAGACAGACAGAGGGGCUUCAGCUGAGGAGAGGGUGGACACCCCGGGCUUCAAAGUUACCGUCCACAGCCCGACGAUCUGUCCGGGGCUGGAGGCGCGAUGUCUGAACGACAGUGACCGGAGCAGGACACCACCCAACACGGCGUACAGCAGCUCAGGAAGUCCGCAAUACAAGGCCAGCUACUCUGAUCCUCUGCCCAACAGCGACCGGGAUUCCCCGACUUCAACUGGGCAGGCGGAGGAGGACGAUGAUGAUGACCCGGAGGAAAAGGGGGACGACAGUGUGACGGGCGACAGGAGGCAGGACGACUCGCGCUCCUCCUGCUUCUCCCAAGAGGACGGCUGUGAGUCAGGUGACACCAAAGUGGCGCGGAAGAAGAAGACCCGCACCGUGUUCAGCCGGAGUCAGGUGUUCCAGCUGGAGUCCACUUUCGACUUGAAACGUUACCUGAGCAGCUCGGAGAGAGCCGGGCUGGCCGCGUCGCUGCAGCUCACCGAGACGCAGGUGAAGAUCUGGUUUCAGAACCGCAGGAACAAGUGGAAGAGGCAGGUGGCAGCGGACAUGGAGGCCAGCAGCGCGGCUGUAGCCUACCCAUCCCAGAGGGUCGUCAGAGUUCCUGUGCUUUAUCACGAGAACACCACCCCCAGCUUGCAUCAAGUGUCGCCACCGGUGGUCGGCUUCUCCACCUCUAUUAACUAUCCAUUGACUGCUCACUUCACCCACCCAAUGUCCUUCAUAACACCACAGAUGACCGGACUGGUGUGACGUUCAGGGUGGAGGUGAAGUUUUUGGACACCAGUUAAUCAAUUGCCACAAAAAAUGUAAAUUUUUAGUUUUAGUUCCAGGUUCUGAGGUCAGAAAUCCUGCUGAUGCACUGACAGUCUUCUUUUGUGG